AUGAAGGAAGCAACACUUACAAUAUGUAUUCCGAAGAAAGGGUAUAGAUCUGAGGGCGUUGUAGAGAAGUUUAACUCAUUGAGGGUCCUUCAAGUUUUACGUAGAAACAAUAAUUGGGAUUGGAAGCCAGGUCAAGUGUUCGAUCUGGUUCAUUUAACUUACCUUGCUUCCAACAUUCCCAAUAGUAUUGUUCCUUCAGCUAUAUCAAAGCUUCAGAAUCUUCAGACUUUAAUUAUUUAUAGAUCUGAGGAACUUUCGCUUGCAACAGACUUGGUGUGCAAUAAAAGAAUGGUGGAAAUGAUUCCAAACAUUAAAAAGCUGGGAAUAUGUUACACCAAGGAGAAGUUUGAUGCCGAUGCGGGCUAUUGCCUCAAUAAUCUUAAAUUUUUUUGUCUACUUGAGAAAUUGAAAUUGGAGAAGCAUGAUGAUUUUUCAUGUAGACAACUUGAUUUACUCGGAUCCAAUAUGCGUGGAAUUUUUUCAUCUAGACAACUUGAUGAACUGGGAUUAGAGAUGCGUGGAGGUUUUUCAUCUAGACAACUUGAUGAACUGGGUUUUAUGAUGCGUGGAGUUUCUUCAUCUAGACAAAUUGAUGAACUGGAAUUGAAGAUGCCUGGAGUUUUUUCAUCUGGACAACUUGAUGAACUGAGAUUAGAGAUGCGUGGAGAUCUUUCAUCUAGACAAUUUGAUGAAAUUGGAGGUCUAAACUUUCCUCUACAACUGAGAAGAUUAACCUUGAGUGGUUGGAGGCUUUCUUGGAGUCAUAUGAAGAUCAUUGGUUCGUUACCUAAUCUUCAAGUGCUUAAACUAAGAAACUAUGCAUGCCAAGGCAGUUUAUGGAUAACAACCGAGGGGGAAUUUCGCGAGCUGCGGCUCUUGCUAAUUGACAGAUCAGGUUUGGUUGAUUGGAUAACUGAAGCUAGCCACUUCCCUAGACUCGAGUGCCUAAUACUUCGUCAGUGUCAUGAUCUAUACAAGAUUCCAAGUAAUAUUGGAUACAUUCCAACACUUAAGCUGAUUGAGGUUGAGAAGCGUAGUCUUUUAAGCUCCGCAGAAGUGAUAGAAAAGAUGCAACGGGAUUCUGGAAACGAUAGCUUUCAAGUUCGUGUGAAGCAUUCCGGAUACACUGACCGCUCCGUUACAGGUUAG